GAGUUUCUCUCUAUGUUCGUUAAUGAUCAUCGGCGCACAUACAGACUACGCUUGGACAGCUCCGAAAGCAGCAAAGGUUUAGACAGGGUCCACCUGGAGUUAUCUUGAUCUUUUUUCUUCUAAGCAGCCUAUGCAAGGCUGCAGCAGCACAUACAAUACAUUCAGUCUUUGGUUUAAUUAGGCAAUCAUCUCUGACUGGCGGCUGUCUGCAGCUCAGAUGUUGGGAGACAAGGCUCACGGCGUGGCUUUGAAGGUAAUGGAAUACACAUACGACGAUGAUCUGGAAGAGCUGUGUCCUGUGUGCGGAGACAAAGUGUCCGGAUACCACUACGGUCUGCUCACCUGCGAAAGCUGCAAGGGCUUCUUCAAGCGGACGGUGCAGAACAACAAGAGGUACACAUGUGCGGAAAACCAGGAGUGUAAAAUAGACAAGACCCAGAGGAAGAGGUGUCCGUUUUGCCGCUUCCAAAAAUGCCUCAAUGUCGGGAUGCGCCUCGAAGCUGUGCGUGCAGAUCGCAUGCGUGGGGGGAGGAACAAGUUUGGCCCCAUGUACAAGAGAGACAGGGCCUUGAAGCAGCAGAAAAAGGCUUUGAUACGAUCCAGUGGGUUCAAGCUGGAGACCUCGGUCCCCCCACCAGCCUCCCCUUUGCAGACUGACUACAGCUUUACUGGCACCCUACACGCUUUGCCCACCAUCUCUAAAAGUCUGCUGCCCUCCAAUCCGAGCUCCAUCACCUCCACAGACUACGACCCCAACCUUUAUGGACCUACAUCACUGGGCAUGGCCAUGCAGUCCCAUGUGCCCCUUACCCCCCAGUACCAGUACACAGCAUUCCCCAGCAGGGCAAUUAAAGCUGAGUGCCCUGACUACACCAGCUCCCCCGAAUCCAUUACGGGAUACCCCUAUCCAGAAAUGUACCCCUCAGCCUCUCCGCAGCCACCCAGCCUUCCACCAUUGGUGCUGGAGCUGCUCCGCUGUGACCCAGACGAGUUAGUGGUACAGAACAAGAUUAUGGCUCAUCUGCAGCAGGAGCAGAGUGGCAGGGGCCGAACUGAAAAGCCCAGCACCUUCAGCCUGAUGUGUCGCAUGGCGGAUCAGACCCUCUUCUCCAUUGUCGAGUGGGCUCGGAGUUGCAUCUUCUUCAAGGAGCUACGGGUGGGAGAUCAAAUGAAGUUGCUGCACAACUGCUGGUCUGAACUUCUGGUCCUGGACCACAUUUUCAGACAAGUUCAACAUGGAAAGGAAGACAGUAUCCUGCUGGUGACUGGCCAAGAGAUUGAUGUUUCAUCCAUUUUGUCGCAAGGAGAGACAACUCUGUCCAGUCUGGUCCAGAGAGGUCAGGAACUUGCAGCAAGGCUGCGGGUGCUGCAGGUCGACCGCAGGGAAAUGGCUUGUCUCAAGUUCCUCCUUCUGUUUAAUCCCAACGUAAAGCUCCUGGAGAACCAGGCAUUCGUAGAGGGCGUCCAGGAGCAGGUGAACGGAGCUCUGCUGGAAUACACCCUGUCCACCUACCCUCAGUUUCAGGAUAAGUUCAGCCAGUUGGUGGUCCAGCUGCCCGAGUUGCGCUCCCUCAGCUCACAGGCUGAGGACUACCUUUGCUACAUGCAUCUAAGUGGAGAGGUAACCUGCAACAACCUGCUCAUCGAGAUGUUACAUGCUAAGAGAGCAUGUGUGUGAAAAAUACAUACACACAAAUGUUUACCACCAAGUGUUAAAUUUCUGUGUGAGACAGUGUGUAUGUCUGAGAAUGUGUGUGCAGAUGAAAAAUAAAAUGUGAAAGGUUUCACACUGGGUCAUGUUUGUUAGGGCUUUUCCUAGGGUCGAACGGGAAAAAAGAUGUUUCACAGUUUGGAAUUUAAUGGUUUGAAAAUUUGGAAUGUUUCCAUUUUCAUAUUCUGCACAGCUACUUUAACAUGACCUUAAAACUGGAUUUUCUACUCUGAAAAUAUUUGAAAUUGGGUUUAUGGUGAAGUUAAAGAUAAAUAAACCAAGUUAUACAGUACAGUCAAGUUAUUGUAUCUACCAUAGAGCUGCAGAGCUGAUGUCUACUAUGACCUAAAACUAAGUUCCCAUUUCCCAAUGCCACUCUGAACCAGACUUUUAGCUGUGAAGUGUUCUGCUGAGGCAUGGUGGGAGGUCUGCCAGUUUACCAGGCCCUUUGUUGCCUUCUUUCAGAAAUCACAUUUGUGCUGCCUGCAACAAGGUCUCCUAUAAAGAAGCUCUUUUUAGUUGGAACACUGAACGUAGAUCAUUUUAUUUAAAUUAAAAAAGAUUUUGUAAUUAUUGUUGUAAAAAAGUAAUGCAUCAAGAACUUCAGUGAGGUGCUGAUCACUGUGACAAUCAAUAAUCUAAAUGUCACACACCUCACUCCCAUGAGUGGUUUUUGAACUUUAUAGAAACUCUGCCCUUUUCCCCUCCUGAGAGGGUGAUGGAUCCCGUAAAUGCCUUAAGGCUGUAAAACUGAAUAUUUACCAAAGUUAAAAUAACAACUGAAGCUGGAGUGUGUGACAUUUGUCUCCAGUUUUUGAAAAUACUUUAAAAUAACAUGACACACUGACUCACUUUUGUCAGACUAGGUAAGAAAGCACAUAAUGUAUUUGACUCUACAGGCAGCCUAAAUGUAAAUUGUUUUCUGUGGAGUUGUUUUUUCAUUUUAUUUAUUGAAAAAGUUAUUUGAUAUUCCAAAAUCAGUUUUCCUCCUGAAAUACAUUCAUAUUAAGCUGAAUCACAAAGAAAACAGAAAAAGUACAAGACAAUAGUACAAUGGGGACACUAAUAAAAAAUGAGAUUUGAAGGAAAUAAGAUGAUUAGUAAUGUUUGGUCAUAUAUGAAAAAUAUGUGCAAGUCAGGACAGAAAGAGCAUAAAGAAGAGGGUAUUGCUUAUGAGCAAGUGUUGGGAGACAGAAAAAGACAGGAGCGUUAAAGAUGUGAAGAGGAAGGACACUAAAACAGGUAUUUGUUCUUCAGUUUUCCUGAUGGCACAGAGAGGAAGAGGGGAUAUUUGGCCACAUAUUGACUCCUGUUUAUUUACAGCUUAUUAAUCAGGCUCACUGAGACCUAACAGCAAUUAAACAUCAGAAAUUAUGAUCUAUCAUACUCAUUCUCUUUUCAAAAACGAAUGAAAGCUGGAAUCAUCUGUGUAGACAUAAACCAAUGAUGGCUUUCAGUUUGCCUUACAUUAAAAAGACUAAAAAAGGCAAUUGUCAGAUUACCUUCUGACCUUGUCAACCAUUUCUUUCUCUCCUGAUCUUACUUAUUAUUCAGAUAUGGUGAGAUAGAGAGAAGUAUUAAUACUCCUCAAACUGUUCAACAUCAUGCUACAUUACAACCAAAUACAUCAAAGUAUUGAAAGUUCAAUUGGAUUUUACAGACAUAGACACUGAAAUCCUUUCCCAUUCUUCUUCACAAAGUAGCUCAAGAUUGAUCAGAUUUGAUAGAUCUGUGAACAGCUUUGUUUUUUAUUUCACAGAUCCUUAAGUGAACUUAGAUCUGGACUUUGACUGGGCCAUUAUACCACAUGUAUGCGUUUUAUUCUAAAGUUUUGGCUGUAAACGUAGCUGGGUGUUUCUGCUGGGAGAACCUCCAUCCCAGUCUCACAUUUUCUGCAGGUUUUCUUCCAAGAUUCCAGAUUUGGUCCUAUAUAAAUGGAGACCAUUUAGUGUUAUUGUCACUAAGUGGUGUAUAUCAACCUUGUCAUGAAAAUCAAUUGUUAUUUUUUUUAAAGAAUUAAACUCAUUAAUUCUUUCUAUACAUGGUUAGGAAAACGUUUGAAUUGGCACAUUAAAAUGAACACAAAUGAAAAUGAGUUUGCUGUGUGACAGAAGACUAGCAGCAGCAAAUCCUCAUAUUAAACUCGCUUCCAUCAGAUUGUGCAGAUUAAUUAAUCCCUUUCACACCCAGCAAUGUGUGACAAUCUAUCCUAAACUAUUAUACGUACUGACUAAGAGGUUUUACAGUUUGACUGGUCUGUUUGCGGAUUGACAAACAAGUUAAUCAGAUUUGAUGCGAUCCAGUGUUGAUCCAGGACUUUUGUUUAGCCUUGGAGGUAUGUGCUGUUAUGCCCUGCUCAUUAACAAAUUUAGCCAAGUAGCUGGGAGGUGAUGAGGGAAGAUUAUUUAGUCUCAAUAAACCUGCACAGCAUCAGUCUUUUUAAAAUAAGGAUAUAUGUGAGAGAAGGAUGCAGAUAUUCAGUGCUGUGAAGGCAGCCACUUUGAAAUAUUAUUCACUAUUAUAUUUUAAAUGAACAGUUAACACAGGUUUGGUUUGUGAAGGUGUAACCACUAUCACUGUAGCAUGACAGCUGCAAACUGAUAUUAAACAACCAGUAAACAAUGAGUCUGACCUUGCGAGGCAACGCACAACCAUAGACUUGUCUAGCUUAAAACAUCGCUCUGUUUGUGAAACUUACUCUGUUAAAAAGUAACACUUGUGUUUUGUUCCACACUGGUCUCCUAGUUGUGUUAAAAAAAACCAUUUAAAAGCACUCCAAUCAAAUUGGCAGUGACAAUACUUUCUGCUCCCAUCUGUCACCAGAGUCAGUGAAAAUAAAGAAACAAAGUGGUGUUUGUAUUAUUGUGCAGCUCAACUUUCUUACUGUUGCCAUGUCAGAUUGGCCCUUGUUUGCCAUUUCAAGGUAUUGUAGACAAUCAUUCCGUCUGCCUUAAUUCAGUGACUGCCUGAACACACACAUGCACCUUGGUUUUCCUUUUAAGACAGCCUUCACUCUGUACAGUAUAUUUAUGUUGUGAAGUGAAUAUCUACUACAAUAUGAGGAUACAUUCAACACAAAAAUCUUAUCUGCUUUGUGUUGAGAUCUAAGCGCUACUGUUGUGGAACUGAUUCUCUCGAUAUUGUUUUUGGUUCUUGCUUUGUUCCCUUUUUUUCUCGUGAGUCUGUCGUAAACUGAAAUGUUUUUCUCCCAAGAGAGAAAUUGACCACAUUUUUCUUUAGAUAUAUUUUAUUGUAAUAGCAACAAACCAAUAAAUUCAACAAAGUAAA